AACCCCAGAGGACCGAAAGUGGCCCCGUAUCAAACCUUGUUUCCUGCUUCCGGACAGGUAUCCCCCGUAUAUCAUAUCCUCCUCCUCCGUGACGCCAUGGCCGUCGCUCCUCCCAUGUUCACCGACCGUCGUCUGCCCUUGACACGAAAUAUAUACUACCACGGCGUCGACACCAGACAGUCCCCGUCCAUGGUCCUCCCAGACCCCGCCUGGCCGUCCACCCAUUCCAAUCCCAGACCGUCCUCGGCAUACCCCGACGACGUCCCCACCCAGCUCUCCUCCUGGAUCCUCUCCCCGCCCCCGCCCUCUACCUCCUCGUCCUGGUCAACCGACAGCGCCUUUCCAUCCUCGCUCUACUCCCAGUCGAGUAAAAACACGGACCACUACCAGCCAGGAUACGCAGGCUCUGACUCGGCAUCCUCCUACGCCUCUGAAUACCCCGAAUCGUCCCAGCGCACAGACCUCGCGCACGCAAUCUCGCCCCCGUCCCUCUGUGCAUCCCCCUACACCUCCCCGUACUCUUCCAGCCACGCAACAAUCCACCGCACCUCUUCUAAAUAUUCCCUCAGCAAUGCCAUCUACACCCUCGAUCAAGACAUCCACACGUCGUCGUCGUCGCCCCCGCCGCCUCCGCCUGCGCGCUCAGCGCCCCGCCCACACCGCCCCGCACGGCGCUCGCCCGCCGUCAAAAUAGAACAAGAAGACCCCCCGCACGACCCGUUCGUGCACGAGACCGCCCCCGCGCAGUCCUCCGCGCCCCCGCACGCGCAGACCGAGAGCCAGGUGCCGCUCCGCGCGACGCAGGCGUCCACCGAGAUGCGCCAGAUGAUGGGCGUCUUCCGCCUGAACCCCUUCGCGACGCAGGGCGCGUUCGGCGGGCCCGCCGCGCGCGCGUCCUCCGCCGAGGAGGCGACCGCGCUCGAGGAGGAGGGCAGCGUGAUCGAGUUCCAGCUCGAGCUCGACGGCGCGUGCGCCCCGCGCACGCCGUCCCCGCCGCCGAAUGGCCUCCUCCUGCGCAAGCUCUCCCCGGGGGUGUCGCCCGGCGCGAGCUGCUACGGCGGCCACGGCGGCGGCGGGGUUGAUCGCAGGGGAUCGCCCGUGGGGCUGCAGGCGCAGGCGCAGGGCGGCGGGGGCGGGAUGCAGGGCGGCGGGUGGAGCUACGAGCUUCCGAGCGAGAUAGCGGCGUACCCGCUCCUGACGGCGUCCCAGUCACAGGCGCAGGCCCACUCGCCGCUAUCCAUGGCACAUGUGGCGUUCGGACACGCGCUGGUGGAGGGCGGCGGCAGCACAGGCCCAUCAGGCGAACCUGUAGGUAAGUGCUCGGACGCGGUUUCGCUUCGAGGGCGCGGGCGCGAGCGAUUUCGGGAGGUGCAAAGCAGCGUGCUGACAUGA